AUGACCUUCACCCUGGGCAAUGGGGAGCUGCCGCUGGCCUUUCAUCAGGACUUCGCGCUCGUCUGGAUGGCCGUGUGGUCGGCGCUGUGCUUCUUCUCCACCGCCUUCACCGUGCUCACCUUCCUGCUGGAGCCUCACCGCUUCCAGUACCCCGAGCGCCCCAUCAUUUUCCUCUCCAUGUGCUACAACGUCUACUCGCUAGCGUUCCUCAUCCGCGCGGUGGCUGGGGCCCAGAGCGUGGCCUGCGACCAGGAGGCGGGUGCGCUGUACGUGAUACAGGAGGGACUGGAGAAUACCGGCUGCACCCUCGUCUUCCUGCUGCUCUACUACUUCGGCAUGGCCAGCUCGCUGUGGUGGGUGGUGCUGACCCUCACCUGGUUCCUGGCCGCCGGCAAGAAAUGGGGCCAUGAGGCCAUCGAGGCCCAUGGCAGCUACUUCCACAUGGCGGCCUGGGGCUUGCCAGCCCUCAAGACCAUCGUUAUCCUUACACUGCGCAAGGUGGCGGGGGAUGAGCUCACCGGGCUUUGCUACGUGGCCAGCAUGGAUGCGGCUGCGCUUACCGGCUUUGUGCUGGUGCCCCUCUCCUGCUACCUGGUGCUGGGCACCAGUUUCCUCCUGACCGGCUUCGUGGCUCUCUUCCACAUCCGCAAGAUCAUGAAGACAGGCGGCACCAACACGGAGAAGCUGGAGAAGCUCAUGGUCAAGAUUGGAGUCUUCUCCAUUCUCUACACGGUUCCCGCCACCUGCGUCAUUGUGUGCUACGUCUAUGAACGCCUCAACAUGGACUUCUGGCGCCUGAGGGCCACAGAGCAGCCGUGCUUGGCGGCCACCACUCCCGGUGGCCGGAGGGACUGCUCACUGCAAGGGGGCUCCGUGCCCACGGUGGCUGUCUUUAUGCUCAAAAUCUUCAUGUCGCUGGUGGUGGGCAUCACCAGCGGCGUCUGGGUAUGGAGCUCCAAGACUUUCCAGACUUGGCAGAGCCUAUGCCACCGCAAGAUGGCAGCUGGCCGGGCCCGGGCAAAGGCCUGCCGGGCCUCGGGGGGCUAUGGCCGUGGCACCCACUGCCACUAUAAGGCCCCCACCGUCGUCUUGCACAUGACUAAGACGGACCCUACUCUGGAGAACCCCACACACCUCUAGGGACACAGGCCUGCCUGGGGCGGCUGUUGCCCCCUCCUAGCCCCCCUCCGGAGGAGACAGCUGACUAGCAGCUGCCCAGCUGUCAAGGUCAGGCAAGUGAGUGCAGGGGGGCCCAGGUCCAGGGCGGGUAGACUCUUCAACCCUCACUUGUCAGGACCCAGUGAGGCUCACUCCCCUGUAACCUAGUGCAGGGGUUGGACCUGGCUGGGUCCCCACAGGGUACUGGGGCAGAGGUAAUGUGGAGAGGAGAGGUACAAGGGGGCGUGGUGCAGCAGGGAGUUUAUUUAAUGAUGUAAUUUAUUGUUGAGUUUCUCUGGAAGCUGUGACUGGAAUAAACCCCCGUGUGGCACCGCUGAGUCCUCUCUGGGCUGAGACGGGAAAGGUAGGAGGGGAAGGGCCCUGCAGGAGUCUCCCAUGUGAGCAGAGCUGGGGGUGGGUGCUCGGUUCAUCCCCUUCCAGCAAUCAGGAGGACAUCCUGCUGUGAAACAGCUGUGUUUUGCAGGAGUCCCAGAUUCUCCUGGAGUGAGUUUUCCCCUCUGGCCUAUCUGCUCCGUUUGGCAACCUGCUUGCCUGUCUGAGCCCUGAGUUUCCACUGCCCAAGGUGAGACUGGGCUGCCUGCUGGGAUACUCAGGGAAUCCCCUGGGAUGACACUCCCACCUUUGACCCUGGGGAAACUAGCCUGUAUGGGAGCUGUAAGACCUCGCUUUCCUCAUGUAUGUAAAAAAUGAGGGCAUCAGCCUGUCUCAAAGGUCCUCCAGAUGGACCUGCUCCCACUGUCUCGCUGUGGAUCUAUUUUGCCGUCCCCUCCCUGGGGCCUGAGGGCUGAGGCUGGACUCUGACUGUCCUCAUUGCUUUUGAAGAUUACUGAUGUAGCCCCUUCACUCCUUGGUCAGAGCACCCACUCACCCCCUCAUCCUCUGGGUGAAGGGGCUGGACUAUUAGCCAGCAUCUUGGUAGUAUACUCAGGCAUAGAGAUAUGGAGGAUAGUGGGAAUCGGGCCCCCAGCCCCUAAAGGGCUGUGGAAAGGUUUGAGGUGCUGAGUGCAGCUGUGAGAAAUGGGGCAGGGGCAGGGCUCACCUGAGGCAGCUUGCAUAUUCGUGUACCGGAUUAGGAAAAGGUACUGUGUGUAUCUGGUGCCAGGGAAGUGCAGGGCUGCUGGGACCUGUGCCACCUCUGUCCAUUGUGAGCUGUGUGUGGCCAUCCUGAAGACCCUGUCUCCAUCAGCAUGGGGGUCAGACCUUGGGGGUCCCAUCUUGGCCUCUACUUUGGCCACUGUGAGCAUCUUGGUGACUGUCCGUGGGUGCAUGUUACAUUGUCACUGCCAGGAAGACCCAAGGGUCCAGCCCCACUGCCAGCCAAGGGGAGGUCCAAGGUCAACUACUUCAGUAUCAAGAGUAGGGCUGAGCCCCGCCCCACAAACCCAGAGCCCUUAACCCUGCACCAACCACCAAUCUCACAGGGACAAGAAACCAAAUGGAGAUCAAACAGGUGGUGUCAGCUCCCUCAGUGGUUGAGGGGAAGGGGCUGUCCCUCACCACAAUUAACAGUACUGAUUCCCAGGGGAAUUUUGUGAUCUUCACACCUUUACUUAUGUUUUUCUUGCACAUAGAAUGUCACCCCCCAUCUAAAUCCUGCCCUUCUCAUAGAGAACACAGGAAGUCCCCACACCACCUUUGACCAGCAAAGCCAAGUGACCGUAACACCUUGAAACCCCCGUGAGGGUCCCUGACUGAGGAACAGAAGGAGUAUACAGAAGGUGACAGGGGCUCAAGUUGGGAGUGGGAGGGGCAGUGGCUGCAGAUUUGUAGGAGUCAAGCUGAAGCUGCUCAGGGCCUGCUGCUCAAGGGAGGGGCAGCCAGAGUCAUGAGAGGAUUCCAGAGAAGGGGAAGAGAAAGACAAGUGAUGUGCAUGGGCCAAGGGUGGAGGGGAGGGCGAAUAUCAGGAGCCGCACUGGUUCACCCUAUUCCUUGCCAGUCAGUGGAGGGGGCAGAGGGUGGCACUUGGCUAUGUCCCGAUGUCCCACUCAGCGGAGACAAGACUGGCUUCUAGGACAACUGGGAUGGGGGCAGGGAUGGUUCACACAGGCUGGAAAUUAGGAGAGAGGGAGGGAUCUCAGUGCUGGAAGAUACUACGGAAAAGUCCCCCUCUGGAGGAAAAGGAAGACGGAAACAGUACUGAAGAUGUUUCACAGUGGCCCUCCAUAUGAUCCUCCUCUCCCCACUUCACGGACAAGGGAAGCGUUUGAAGGGCUUGACUGGCUCAGGAUCACACAGCUAGGGAGACUGUGGCCUCCAGAGCUCCUGUGACCCCCACACCGUGGAUUCUGGCAGGGCGUGGGGUGAGUUGGAAGGGUGGUUUUGUCCACAGAAACCUCUCCCCCAACCCUCAAAAAGGAAAUUCCACAGCCCAACAGAAAUGCCUCAGAAACCAACACCUGCUGGCCUGUGCAGGGUGUACCCCUCGCGCCUUCCCUCGGUGGCUGUGGCAGCCCAGCACAUGGCUCCUCAGAGCAGCACAUGUGCAUGUCCACGCCCACUGAGCCUGUCUGUGAGGGCCAAGCAUGAGCUUGUUCUUAAGGGAACUUCUGAGCCCUGAGCUCAGUCAGCAUCAGUUCCAGGGUAACAAUUCAAAGUUCACUGGAGUCAGACUGAGGAGAGGCCCCAGGUGGUCAGUAGCUGCCCUCACCCCCUGCUUAGUUCCACCCCAAAGGAGGAUGCUCCAGGGCAGUGAAAAGGCCUGGAGGCCCUGGGCAGGGUUACAGCAGAAGUGGUAACGGAACAGCAACCUUUUCUUCCUACCUGGUUUGAGUAUCUCACUCAGCAUCCUGCUGAGGGGACCCUGGCUCUCAGGCAAGUUGGAGACAUGGUUCCCUAGUGGAAGCAACACCGCCCAUGAGUAGCUGCCUUGGAAUCCAACCACCACCUCACUGCCACCCCGGACUGUGCCCCCUCCCCAGGAACGGGGUUUGAGGAAAAAGAGGAGUAGGUAGGAUGAGGGAGAUUGUACCAGAGUAAUGAUUCAGACCCUUGUCCUCAGAAAAAAAGUUCUCGGCUCCAUCUGCAGCAGUCAACCCAGAUCAGGUGCUUCCCCCAAGGUCACACCCUGCUAGGGAGGCACGGGCUGGGACAAUCAAAAAAGACCAGGAUACAGACCCUAGAUGAGGUGACAAUGCCCCACAGGUACUAUCUUAGUGUCAUGUAAGAAACCCACCCCAGGACAGGGCUUCACAGAUGUGGGCUGGCAGCCCCUAGUCCAGCUGUGCUUGUGGGGAAAAUGCUCAGGGGUAACCCAACUCCCUUUCCAGAGCUGGAAGGCUGGUCAAAUUCAAUCUGACCUUGGGGCAAACCGCUUCCUCCCCAGCAGGGCUGAAAAUCCCCAGGGCUCGGUGCAGGCCUGGCUGGAAGCCCAUGCUCUCCAAGGCCACAAAGCCAGUCAGUGGCAGAACCCGCACCCAGGGCUUAGGUUUCUCCUCAAAUUUCCUCCCAUUUUACCUUGUGCUGUCCCCGGUGCAGCUGGUCAGAAGCAGGCGGUUUCACUUCUCAGUAAAUGGGAUCAUGCGGCGGCUCGGCAGAAUCCUGGGAUUCCACAGGCGGGCUGUCGCCCUGCGGUGACCUACUCCAAUCAACCACUCUGACUUUAUAAAAUAAACUCCCAGCAUAAAAAAUAAAUGAAGGCAUGAAUAAACAA